CUUCUGCAUAUGCAACUCACAAAAUAUUUUUCUUACCACUAAUAUGGAUAAAUAUUUAGUAAGAAAUGAUAAAGAAACUGAAAAGUUGCGGGCAGAUGUGAUACAUAUUGCAGAAUCCCCACCUCGCUCAAGUAAAAAUCGAAAACGAAAAUUGAGUGGUUACAAUAAAUCGUGGGAGGAGCAAGAAAUGUUUAAAUCGUGGAUCAGGAGAAGCGAUAAUAAUUUGGCGUACUGUAAAGUUUGUUGUUGUGAGCUAAAAGCAUUAGCUGGAGUGUCAGAUUUAAAGGCUCAUGCUUUGACAUCUAAACAUGUUGAAAGAACAACAGCUGUACAAAUUCAAAAAAGUUCUAAGGUAUCACUAAGCGAUUCAGUAAAGUAUAGUGCCAAAAUAUCAAAUAUUGAACUCCAUUUAGCAGCGUUCUGCACCGAACAUAAUGUUCCAUUUUCGGCAAUGGAUCAUCUAGUUCCUUUACUCCAAGAAACUAUUGAGGAUUCGGCGCUCGUAAAGAAAACAAAAUGUGCUAGAACAAAGACAACAUCUAUAGUGAAAAACGUUAUAGGCGAGACUCACCAAGAAGAACUCUGUAGUAUACUACGUGCAAAAGUGUUUUCUUUGUGCGUCGAUGAAUCGACGGACGUAUCAACUACUAAGUUGUUAUCUCUAGUCGUAAGAGUUGAAUAUAAAGAAAAAAUUUGUGACUUUUUUUUUGAUUUGGUUAAAGUGCGUGAUUGUACCGCCAAAGGGAUUUAUGAAGAAAUAGUAAAUAUUUUCAAAAAUAAUAAUAUAAAUUAUAAAACAAAUUUAAUAGGUUUUGCUGCGGAUGGUGCCAAUGUAAUGACUGGUGGUAACCAUUCUGUUGCUACACUGCUGAAAAAAGAUUGUCCACAUUUAAUUAUAUUUAAAUGUAUUUGCCACUCGUUCGCUCUUUGCGCAAAUUCAGCAUGUAAUUUUUUACCGAAAUAUAUUGAAGGUGGUGCGAGGGAUAUAUACAAUUUUAUUCAAAAUAGUCCCAAACGAGUUGAAUUAUUUUCAGAAUUACAAGUGUUACUGGAUUAUAAUCCCAGGAAAAUGUUGCACCCUUCCCAAACGCGUUGGCUAUCGCUCGAAGCUACUGUAAAUCAGAUUUUGAGCAGAUUAGAAGUCUUAAAACUAUUUUUUUUACACGAAGACGUAGAAAAGUUUGAUUCUACACAAAGAAUAAUAAAUUAUUUACAUAAUCCAGAAUUUGAAUUAUAUUUACUAUUUUUAAAAUUUAUAUUAAAUGAUAUUAACAAACUAAACCGUCUAUUUCAAAACGAAAGCCCAAAAAUACAUUUAUUAAAUAGUACAAUAAACCGUUUAUACGGAAAAAUUUUUGAAUGUAUAGUAAAGGAAGAAUAUAUAUGUUUUAAGAAAUUUAAAAAGAUUGAUAUUAACAAUACCACAUUUUUAAAAGAUCCAAAGGAUAUUUAUUUAGGUGCGGAAGUUUCCUUAGCUCUAACUAAAUUAUCUGAGGAAUGCGAAAAGGACUUCAGAAAUCAUUGCUUACAAUUUUACGUUGAGCUUUGCAAUUCACUCUUAAAAAAGUUUGAUUUUGAAAAUGAUUUUUUAGAAUGCGUUGAGGUCAUAGCACCUGCUAAUAUUGUGAAAAAUAACAAUAAAAGUAUUUUUAAAUUAUGUAGUUUUGUGCCAAAUGAAGUAGAAAUGAACUACAUUCAAGAAACAGAUGAUGAGUGGCGUGAACUACUGCACAUUAAUUUUGAAGACUUGGGUUUAUUAGAAGAAGAAAAUAUUGAAACCUUUUGGGAAGUCAUAUUUAAAACAAAACGUGGCGACGGAACUAGAGCUUUUCCUAAUUUAAAAAAACUGGUAUAUGCAAUUUUGUCAGUACCUGUUGCAACUGCUAAUGUUGAACGAAUUUUUUCACAAAUUAAUAUUAAUAAAAAUAAAACUAGGAACAGAUUAGAAGUGCCAACACUGUGUGGCAUUUUAAGAACUAAAGAUUUUCUUAAAAAAAAUAACAGUAAUUGCAGCAAUUUCGUGCAAUCAAAAGAAAUGGCAAUCAAAUUUACCAAAGAAAUGUACAAAUCUAAUUAGUAUUAAGUGCCAGGAGAAAUAAACUCAAUUUACGAAAAUGCAUGUUAUUUCAAAUACUUUUUAUAAAACUGAAUUAUAUUUAUAUUUUUUAUUAUAUGUAUUUAAUUUCAUUUGUUUUGUUAUUUUUUGUUAUUUUUUUGUUAUUUUUUGUUAUUUUUUGUUAUGUU